UUAUGAUUUGUACUCAUAUAUAUAUAUAUAGUUCAUUAUUAUUAUUAUUUUUUGCUCAUUCAUGUUUUGUGUGUGCAUAUGUGUGUUCAGAAUUAUACUCCACAUUCAUUCAUGUUUUUGUAUUUAGAAUUAUAUUCCAAGUUGUUGAUAGUUGGACUGAGUCACCCUUGUUACAUGUAUCCGGUGUGACUUUAAUGAAUAUCGAUUCUGUUAUGAGUCUUUCUUUCCAUUUGUUCAUGUUUGUUUUUAGAAUACACACAUUUUCCCAAUCGCUAUUGUGGUUUUUGUCCUAUGCAUGUGCAACCUGAAGACAUCAUACCUGUAAUUGAAACAGCACUCGAAGGAUAUGACAAGCAAAAAGCUGAACUGGUACGAGCACAAUGUGCACUUACCUUAAAAAAGCAAAAAGCAGAAAAACCAAACAUAACGAAGGAGGAACUAAAAGCACUUCAAGACAUAAAAGCAGACAAAUCCAUUGCCAUUACUCAAGCAGACAAAGGCAACACAACAGUAUUACUAAACAAAACAACAUAUAAUGAAAAGAUGAAUGAACAUCUACAAUCUGGACCCUAUACCAUAAUGACUAAAUCAGCUGAAACAAUCAUCAACAAAACAAUGAAAGAAACAGCAAAUGUAGUUAGACAAAUGAAAGAAGUAAUUGGUAAGUCAAAAUGGUUUGAAAUUAUGCCAAAAUCCUGUAAUGUACCUAGGAUAUAUGGUAAGAUAAAAUUGCAUAAAGAGGGAUAUCCAAUAAGACCGAUUGUAGACUUCAGAAACACACCAACGUAUAUGCUAUCCAGAUUUCUCUCGACAAUACUAAGACCAACAAGAGACAACUCAAAAGCUACAAUAGUAGAUUCAUUUGAAUUAGUGAGGCGAAUAAAAACCACUAAAAUAGAGGAGGAAGAAAUACUAGUUAGCUUUGACGUAAACAGUCUUUAUACGAAAAUACCCAUUCAAAUGGCCAUGAUUGCACUGAAAGAGAAACUAAAUGAAGAUAAAGGCCUGAAAGACAGAACACAGUUAUCCGUAGAAGAAAUAAUAAAAGGGGUAGAAUUCUGUCUGACAACAACAUAUUUCACAUUCGAAGGAAAAAUAUACCAACAAAAUGAGGGAGAAGCUAUGGGAUCACCUAUCUCACCAAUUAUAGCUGAUAUAUUCAUGGAUUAUUGGGAGGAAAAUGCCCUUAAACCAUUCAGAUCAUCAUUAAAAUGUUGGUGGAGAUAUGUAGACGACAUACUAGUAAUAGUGGAAAAAAACGAUACUGAGAAACUUUUCUCACACAUAAACAGACACGUUGACUCAAUAAAAUUCACUAUGGAAUUAGAGAAUGAAAUUGGAGAACUGCCCAUGUUAGGCUGCAAACUACAAAGAAUGACAGAUGGUAGCAUAAAAACAACGAUAUAUAGAAAAGCCACACAUUCUGGAAGAUUCCUUGAUUAUUACUCAGCUCAUCCACUCUCGGUAAAAUGAGGAUUAAUACAAGGUCUUGCAGAUAAAAUACGUAGGCUUACAACAGCACCAGAGGACCAGCGUAAAGAAAUAAAAGUCCUAU